AUGGUGCUCUCUCUCGCAGUCGCCGGUAUAUGAACGGAGGAGGAGGUCCAAAGUGCGACAUCUUCUUCUUCAAGUUAAUUAGUUAGAUAAGAUAUUCUCUGGCACGCCAAAAUCCAGUACUGUCAGUGCCAAAUGAAAUGAAAGCCCCUUCUCUUCUUCCUCCCCGGUUGAAACGCAUCCUCCUCCCAAUCCCAUCCUCUUCAUCGUCAUCCUCAUUCAAACUGCUGCCACUUCUACCUCAUACUACUUCUUCUCCUUCUCCUCCUCCUCCUCGACAACCACAACCACUGCUGCUACGUUCCCGUCCCUACUCUCUCACUGCCACCUCCACGGGCGCCACUGCCGAUUCUUGCAAUAUGCUCAGUAGUCCGACAGAUGAGUACCGUAGUAAUGCGACAUCAAAUUCCUCUCCUCUAGCACGAGUCAAAAUAAUAAUUGAGGAGUUCACCAAGUUCUGCUAUCAAAGAGACCUCGCCAGGGCCAUGAAUGCCCUGGAUUCCAUGCAAAACCACAACUUAUGGGCCGAUUCCGUCACUUAUUCCGAGCUCCUCAAGUGUUGUUUGUCUCGCAGUGCCGUCCAUCAAGCCAGGCUCGUCCACAAGCACCUUUUCUCACGAGGUCACCAACCCAAAACGUUCUUGGUUAACAUCCUCCUCAACAUGUACCUCAAAUUCAAUCUCCUCGAUGAAGCACAAGCGCUGUUUGAUCAAAUGACCGACAAAAAUGUUGUCUCCUGGACAACCAUGAUAGCUGCCUAUACUAACGCCAUGCUCAAUGACAAGGCCUUGGAAUUCUUGAUUCUAAUGCUUAGAGACGGCGUCAGGCCUAACAUGUUCACUUACUCUUCUGUUUUGAGAGCUUGCCACGGGUUACCCAACCUAAGACAGCUCCACUCUUGUAUUAUCAAGACUGGGUUAGACUCUGAUGUCUUCGUCCGGAGUGCUCUUAUUGAUAUUUACUCUAAAUGGGGCGAAUCCCAUAAUGCCUGUCACAUUUUUUAUGAGAUGGUAACUGGCGAUGCGAUUGUUUGGAACUCAAUUAUCGGGAGUUUCGCGCAGAACACCGACGGUCAUGAGGCUUUGAAUCUUUUCAAGAGGAUGAAACAAGCAGGUUUUUGGGCUGAUCAAGCCACGCUAACUAGUGUAUUGCGAGCCUGCACUGGUUUAGCUCUUUUGGAACUGGGGAGACAAGCCCAUGUACAUGUAAUCAAGUUCAAACAAGAUCUUAUCCUUAACAACGCUCUUCUUGAUAUGUAUUGCAAGUGUGGCAGUUUGGAAGAUGCCAACUCUACUUUUACUCGGAUGGUAAAUAAGGAUGUCAUCUCUUGGAGCACCAUGAUCACAGGUUUAGCACAAAAUGGUUUCAGUCGCGGAGCGCUGGAACUGUUUGAAUUGAUGAAAGCUUCAGGGACCAAACCGAACUAUAUUACAAUCGUUGGGGUUCUGUUUGCCUGCAGCCAUGCAGGGCUUGUAGAGGACGGGCAAUACUACUUUCGAUCGAUGAAGACAUGUUUUGGGAUUGAUCCUGGAAGAGAGCACUACGGCUGUAUGGUUGAUCUCCUUGGUAGGGCUGGGAAGCUUGACGAAGCAGUUAAGCUUAUCAAUCAAAUGGGAUAUGAACCGGAUGCCGUGACGUGGAGAGCUUUACUUGGUGCUUGUAGGGUACACCGUGAUACGGAUCUCGCUAUAUAUUCUGCCAAGAAGAUUCUAAACCUCGAGCCUAACAAUGCAGGAACAUACAUACUUUUGUCCAAUAUUUAUGCAAACUCUCAAAGGUGGGAAGAUGUUGCAGUACUGAGGACGACCAUGAGGGACCGAGGAGUGAGGAAGGAACCAGGUUGCAGCUGGAUUGAAGUAGAUAAACAGAUCCAUGCUUUCAUAAUAGGUGAUGACUCACACCCUCAAAUCAAAGCGAUUAGCACGGAGCUGAACCAGUUGAUUUGGAAAUUAAAGGAACUGGGUUAUGCUCCACAGACAGAUUUCGUCUUGCAAGAUGUUGAAGGGGAACAGAAGGAAGACUCGCUCUCAUAUCACAGUGAGAAACUAGCAAUUGUUUUCGGUAUGAUGAGUUUGCAAAGGGAAAGAACGAUUAGGAUAAGAAAAAACCUCAGGAUCUGCGGCGACUGUCAUGUUUUUGCCAAACUCGUAGCGAAUAUUGAGCACCGGAACAUUGUUAUUAGGGAUCCAAUCCGUUAUCAUCAUUUCAGUAAUGGAGUUUGCUCCUGUGGGGAUUAUUGGUAGCAGUCUAGCAGAAUGAGGCUGAGCAUUCCAGGCCUUUGCUGAUCAAAUCUGCUAUGCAUGAAUUUGACCAAUAUGAUCACUCUCAACCCAACUAUACAAUCAUGUAUCUAUAAUCAUCAGAACCAUAAUCAUCUACCCUGUUAGUGUUAAAAUAGCAAGGAUCUAGUAUUGAUCACCCAAAGAGAAGCUGGUCAGUUUCUUGAAGGCUUUUUCUGAUAGGCUCCUUGCGAACUAUUCUUUGAUAAUGUGAACAAGAACAAUGAGCUAUACUCAAAUAAAUCAAUGGCCGUAUGUGUAUUCAAUUGCUACUUUCAGCCACUCUCUCAAAUUAUUAAAGCAAA